AACAGCUCACAAAGCAUUUCCUCCAGAAGGAAGAAACACAGAGGAAAAGUAGCUUUCUUUGGGGUGGGAAACCACCAAUAUCUGCUGCAACACGCCAACACAAAGGUGAGUUUUACCGUAUGACUCUACUGGUCAAAGACAGAUUUUCCUGCCUUCCAAUCCCUACACACCGGCAGUCAGCAAAUAAAAUUCAAUCAAGAGCGAAUUACACAUAUCUUUAAUUUCGGAGAAGCACCAUGUAGCACGCAGGCUGCAGCUGGGAUGCAGCUCUGCCAAGUCCCUCACAGGUCAGCGAAGGAAGCCCCGACUCACCCAGGCCGUCCCAGCGCGGGCAGCGCCGGUGCAGGCGGGACGCCAGGCUCAGAGCCACGGGCGUAUCAGCUCCUCCUCGGGCAGCCCCGGCUGCUGCGAUGUCUGCAGCGUACAAGCGCCAGCGCGCCGUGACUUAUACAAAAAUCAGCAUCUUCCUCAGGAAAAAAAAACACUUGAAGCUUCUUACCGGCCCCGCAACGCACUCCUAUACUUAUGCCAUCACAUCUAGUGACUAAGAAGAUGCUUUCAGUGUCAGAGCAGAUUAAGAUUCUGGAAGGAGAGUGCCUGGCAGCUUUACUCUCACACACCAAUCUGUCUUCAUGCAAACGCACUUUGUCGGCGGAUGGGAGUGUAUCAUUGCAAUACGCUACCGAAGCGAAACAGUUUCCAAGUUUUCCCACAGGGCACCAGCUCCCCCUUCAAGCUGUACCCCAGCGCUUGCUCCCUCUCGUCCUUCCCCGAAAAGACCUGCAGUUUCUGGGCACCACAACUUGUCCUGUGUCGCCAUCGAGCGCUGCCCUCACACCUGCCGGGACGCCGCGUCCGCUGAGCCGCGCCCCGCGGGGCGUGGGACCCCCGCACCGCCCGGACAGCGCCCGGGCACCUCCCGAGCCCUGCGCCGGGACCCGGGGCCGGGCCCUGUUCCCUGGCACCCCGCGGGAGGGCGAACCGCAGCCGCGGCGCUCUCGGGGUCCGCACGGCCCGGGCAGGGCACGGCCUCUCCUCGGCGGGGCACCACACACACACACACACACACACACACAGAACACACGCCUUGCACCUGUCCGCUGCUACCGACGGGCAGCGAAAUCCCACCCCGCGGCUCGGCGCUGCGCUCUCCGCGGCGGGACCAGCGCCGGGAUCCCGCUGCCAGGGCACAGCCGAGUGACGACCGGUCGCCACGCAGAUGUGGAUAAGCAGGAAAAAGACGGCGAGGAGAGCAGCCCUCUCCCAUUACCUUAGCAAUCGCGCCGCCGCCGUCCCCUGC